AUGAAUUCGCUCUAUGCAUAUAUGGAUGAAAUGUCUAUGGAUCCUGAAUUGAUUUGCAGUAUUUGUCGUUUACCAUUAACUGAUCCAUGUUGUACACCUUGUGGUGAAACAUUUUGUCGUGCAUGUAUUAACAACUGGAUUGAAACCAAGAGCAGUUCUUGUCCUCAUUGUCGACAAAAUUUGUCAAUCAAUAGAUUAUCACCAGCGCCACGUUUACUUCGAAGUAUGCUUGAUCGACUGCAAGUUGAAUGCUUGGCUUGCGGAGAAAUCGGUAUCUUACGAAUCAAUAUCGAAGAACAUGUACAAAAACUAUGUCCGAAAACGAUUGUUUCGUGUCAUUCGGCAGAUAUCAAAUGUCCAUGGAUAGGACAACGUAAUCAAUUAGAUGAUCACUUGAUUGCAUGUCGAUUCGAAGGUAUGCGAUCGAUUAUUACCGAACUUGUUAUGGAAAAUCAACAAUUGGAAGAGAAAGUUGAUGAACAGAUGAAUCAAAUUAAUCAUUUGAUCGAAUUAUUAAAAUUUCAAGAAGAUCAAUGUGUUGCACUUAAGGAUGAAUGUGAGACACUUGUCAAACAAGAAAAUCAAUUGAGAUCACAGAUUCAUACAUAUGAACAUCAAGCUCAACAAUUGCUGGAAGAAUUACAAAAAAAAGAAGUCGAAUUAAUUUCCAUGCGUGAUCAACCGCCACAACUCGAUGUUAAAUAUUCGUGUAUCACAAUAUAUGAAUGA